UGUCAUAUGUCAAUCCAAUUUUGGUUAGAAAGUUAGAUGGAAUGUUUCAUUGAAUAGUGAAAUAUCAUUCAAAAAUUCAAGAUGUCUAAAGUGGAUAUGGAGUUGAAAAAAGCUUUCGCUGAGUUACAAGAAAAACAAUUAGAAACUACACAAAAAUUAAGGAUGGCAGACAUACAAAUAGAAAAUUUGAAAAGGAGUAAACAGCAUGCAUCAAUUACAGAGAGGGAAAUCAAUGCUAUUGAAGAAGGCACAAACACAUAUGAAUCUGUAGGAAGAAUGUUUUUUCUAACUCCCAUUGAAAAAGUAAAGGAAAAUUUGAAGACUAAGCAAAAUGUAGCAGAAGACAAAAUUAAAGUGUUGGAAAGCAACAAAACUUUCCUCGAAAAUUCUCUAAAAGAAGCAACAGAUAGUUUAAGAGAAUUAGUACAAUCUAAAAAAUAACCUUGAAGCAGUUUUUAUUUUUUAUUUUGUCACAUAAUUCUAUAUAACUUAUAUAUCUUAACAAGAAUAAACAUUUAAAAUUACAAA